AUGGCGGACAAGCUUUCAGCUCCAUUACUGCUGAUACUGUCAACGGUAGACUGCCUUGCCGAUACUCCUGUAGAACGACCCUUCUCCUUGAUGCUACCAAUCGAGCAUGCAUUUGGUAAAUAUGUUGAAAAAGGAACUUUGGCCUUUAAGUCUUUUAAAUCUCCCGACGCUCGCAUGACUGAUCAGGUUACGCUAUCCUCAGAUCAACUUCAAAAAUUAGAUGUAUUAUCUUCAGGAGGUGGUUUAUAUCGUAUUAGAAUUCCUAUGAUGAUUUCAAAUUCUAAUAACACUUUUGUAUCAUCGUUUGUAAAAGCGUGCUCGGUUUACCGAUUAAAUUCCACUGAUGAAAUUUUUAUUCAUACCGAUGGAAUAUCUAAAGUGUUGUCGAUCUGGAUGGUCACGAAUCCUCCGUACUGUGAUCAAAACGAAUUCGAUCAAGACCGGCGAUUUGCUAACGAAUUUAAAACGACUGCAAGUAUUCGCAUUCCGCAAGCCACUCCUAGCCCUGACACUCAAGAUUAUAUUCGUAUGAUGGAAGAGCAAGCACGUUCGAAGACUGCAGAAGGAAAGACCGAAAAAAAAUCCUUUUUAGCUAAAUAUUGGAUGUAUAUAGUACCUGCUUUUAUAUUCAUGAUGCUGAUGUCCCAAGAUAAUCCACAAGGCGGAGGUAGAGGUGAAGGUGGUAGCGGUGGCGGCGGUGGUGGUUCUCAAUAA